AACUUGUAACUGAUACAUCUCCAUUUUAAAAUUUGAAAGGGGCGCCUAAAGGCUGAGGCCUUUCUUCCUUCUUCCUCUUCACAAACCCUAAAACCAGAACAUUGCCAUGUCAAUCGUUUCUUAAUGUUCGUCUCUGUCUCUGCUCUUAGUUCGGUUGACGCAAUCAGCCAUUCCGUUGCAGUUGACGAGCUUCCUCCUAAAUUUCUCAGCUCAGGAAUUUAACAUUUUAAAUCUGCGAAGCUCAGACACUUGAAAUGGCCAAUGAUUGCAUCACCAACACAUAUGAAGAGGCUCGCAAGCAACGACUUCAAGACAAUAAAAAACGAUUUGAGGAUUUAGGCAUUUUGAAGAUUUCUAAGAGCCUUUCAGACCUUGCAAAUUCAGGGAAGAAAUCCAAGAAGCACGUUGCUAAAUCCAAAUCAACAACUGCUUACACAUUGGAGCCAAGGCGUUCUUCGCGUGUACGCAACCCAGUUUCUUCAUAUUGUGAAGAAGUUCAUAUAAGCCUUCAACCCUUGCGGAAGAGGUCCAAGUUAAAUUCUUCAUGGACAAGCUAUCUUGCAAGGCCCUUAAAUGAAGUUAGAACUGCCUCUUAUGAAGAAAGGGUUCAUGCCAUUAAGCGUGCAGAGGAUCUUCAAGGAAAUCUUCAGAUGGGGAAUCCAUCCUUUGUCAAGUCUAUGGUUCGAUCUCAUGUUUAUAGUUGCUUUUGGCUGGGGCUCCCUUCUAAGUUUUGUGAGGACCAUCUUCCAAAGACGCUGUUGGAUAUUGUAUUAGAGGAUGAGAGUGGCACAGAAUAUGAGGCUACCUACAUUGGCAAGAGAUCAGGGCUUAGCGGUGGAUGGAGAGCAUUUGCGCUAGAUCAUAAGUUGGAUGAUGGUGAUGCAUUGGUAUUUGAAUUGGCGGAGCCAACAAGAUUUAAGGUAUACAUAGUUAAAGCAUGCCACGAGGAUGAUGAGAAAGGAGGGCUCAAGGUGCCAAAAACAUCUGUGGGUGCCAUGAAGGAUGAUAAAAUGAAUGACUUCCAAUCAAAGCAGCUACCGAAGUCAAAAUCAAAUUCAAAGAAAGCAGCUGUUGCACUUGGAAGUGAAACAAACCACGAGAGCAAUCCAGUGAGCAUGAAACCUGAUUCCCGACCAACCAGAACUUGUAAAUCAAAGAAGCUGACAUGAUGGGGAUAACCAGCAUGACAUCUUGAGACAUACAUGCGUUUUACAACAGGCAUGAAGACUUAAGUAUUCUAGUUUAGUUUUACCGUUUACCACCCGAAUUACCCAAUGCCUUUGCCAAAUUAGGGCGCCCAGCCAGCGGUGAUGGGUUGGUUUGUAAUUUUAAACUGCGUACUUGCACAGAAGUUUUUAAUAUCUUAAAAAAUCUAAAAUGUUUUUUAGGUUUUUAAGUUGAUUGUUCAAAGGCAUUAUCAGGCAGAACUAUUCUCCUCUCAUAUGUUGAUGUUUUCGGUGUGCUAUGUUCAUACGGUCAUAGCAUACACUAAUGCACAGGCUUUGAUUUUUGAAAUGUAUUUUUGGUGUGCUAUGUUCAUAUGGUCAUACCUUAAUUUGAGGUCAACAUGUUUUUUCAUGUUAGGCACUUGCACUAUAAAGUAAAUUCACAUGUCACAGCAUCAACUGCCAA